GCUAGCAGGAAUAUCCAUCCAAGGCUGAAACUAUUCUCUAUUUUCUUUUACUAUUUUCUGGGUAAUAUCACAUGAAAAUAUUUGAGGAGAUGGAGACUGAAGAUGGUUACAUGAAGCUGAAUUUCAAGGAUCGCUUCAAAUCCCAGCAGAGAUCUAAAGAUUUUGCCCUGCAUGUACAUUAUUAUGGCAUUUUGGUAGUAUUUGGAUGCAUCGGGAUCCUUAUUUACCUAAUGACAGUGAUUGGCCUGAACUUUUCAAAUAAAAAAAUGGAUUUCUCACAGAAUGUAAACAUCAGCAGCCUAGCAGGAAAUAAUCAUAUAUGCCCAAAUGACUGGCUGCUGAAUGAAGGGAAGUGUUACAAGUUUUCAAAUUUUUCUAAAACUUGGAAUGAGAGUCAGCGUGAUUGUUCAAAGCUCCAGGCACAUUUGCCCAUGAUUCACAAUUUGAAAGAGCUGGAAUUCAUACAGAAGAGUUUAAAACCUGGAUUUCCUAGUUGGAUUGGAUUAUACAUUAUAUCCCCAGGAAAGCAAUGGAUGUGGAUAAAUGAACACCCACUUGUGGAACCAAAAAAUUUUUCAGUGAUUGGACCAACUGAUAGCACGAGCUGUGCUGUGACAACAAGAAAUCAAGUGUAUUCUGAAGACUGUGGCUCCAAAUUUAAUGGCAUUUGUCAGAGAGAUGUUGUCUGAACAAUAAAAGCAAAUCUGUGCAUUUAAAUAAGAAAGUGGAAGAAAUGUGUACGGAUGUUAACAGUGACUAUCCAUUUCUUUAGAUAAAUUUACUUCGUUUUCAUCAAAUAUAAAUUUUUAAAAUAUUUUGUACAGAAAUAAAACUUCAAAAUAAAAAGUAUAUUAAUUUAUUUUUAGAGAAGAAAACAGAAUUCCUUAUUGUUUUAAUGUCUAAAAAAUAAUUAAAUUUAAUCUUUUUCUAAUCCUGCCUAAUCCCCAUGUGUGUUCUAUUCCUUGAUCUCUAACUCUUUCUAAGCAUUUGGUAAGAUAAUAGACCAGGCACAUAGGCUACAGAUAUGACAUUUUUUUCUUCAUGGUGGGCCUUUACCCCAGGUUGACUAUUUU